AUGGCGGAUUCAAAGUACAUCAAAUGGGACGCUCAGGGUGUGGAGGUAGAGCAAGCCGGGGAGAAAGAGAAGAUUCAGGCCGUGUCGGAUCAGUUCAACAGAUUCCAGAUGAUGAACUUCAACGAGCACCACCACUGCCUUCGCGGGACACAUUUGAAGACACAGGGUUGCGUUCUGGGCAAGUUCGUUGUUCAUGAGAAUCUCCCUGAUCAUCUCCGACAAGGAAUGUUCGCCAAACCAGGCUCAUACGACGUGAUUAUGCGCUACUCCAGCUUGACGCCUAAGCUGGUACCCGACAACGUUCCAGCUCCUCGAGGAAUCGGUAUGAAGAUCUUUGGGGUCCAGGGUGAGAAGAUCUGGGGAGAGGACAAGGGGACACAAGAUUGGACCUUCAAUAACUACCCAGUGCUCGAGCUGCGCACCCCAAAAGACACACAUGAGAUUGCCGACUCGUUGGAACGCAACUGGAAUGAUCUUCCAACAUUUGGGAAGGAGUGUUCUGAGCGUCCAGAUGCCGAUGUUGCAUGCAUGCCAGCGCAGCUUCCCAAGCAGCAUUUGGUUGCCAUGCCAGAAUACUCUCAGAGUGCCUAUCGUUUCGGUGAUUACGUUGCCAAGUUUGGUGUCUUCCCACUGGGAGAGGAGCAGAAGAAGCUGGAGAGUGAGCUCAUCAAGGACGAUGACCCGAUCAACAUUCUCUCCCAGCACGCCCGCAACUUCCAUCUGAACCACAAAGUGACCUAUUCAUUCUGCGCUCAAUUGCUCCAGAACCUGGACGAGCAGCCCGUAGAUGACAUUGGAGUGCUGUGGGAUGAGAAGAAGUAUCCUUUCGAACAGGUAGCCCACCUGGAGUUUGAUCCCCAGGACUCCUGGCUGCCAGAAUUCCGCGUGUGGUGGGAUGAUAGAAUCACCUGCAACUCGUGGCACGGUCUGAAGGAACAUCAGCCACUCGGCAGCACCAACCGCAUGCGAAGGGUUGUAUAUGCCGAGAGCCGAAAGCUCAGACUAAAGGUCAACGGCUUCAAGAAUUAUGUCGAGCCGUCCUCGGUGGCAGAGGUUCCGGCGCCGAUUCCUGCGGUACAGUUACCGUAUAACCCCAAGGCUGGGCAAUACGCCAUUAACUCUGUCCAGGUUGGUGCAUAG